CUUAAAUAUCUUAAUUGAUCUAAGGCAUAAUUUUGGCUUAGGCUAAGCCCUGUCUGUGAAACCAGGCCUUAAAUUAUUAACUUAACACAUCACAGUAGAAAUAAAAAAGUGUUCACAUCCUCGUAGAACUCGUAAUUUUAACUUGUAAACUGGGAAUUUUCUUUUUAUAUGUGGAUUGUAGCAUUUAAAUAUUUCAUCCAGUUCCUUCUGUUUGAAGAUCGGAUUCAUCACGCCAGCUGAUCAUAGGUCUGUGCAGAGGACUUGUCUGCUUCUUGUGGUCUUUGCUGUGGAUCUGUGGCGAUGGCUGUCGUGUCAAAGAGGCCUUCACAGGGGAUUGUCUAGUUGACAAGAUCUCUGCUGAUAUUCAGGGCUGCAUUGCGGUCGUCUAGGUGCAGGUCCACCAUCUGAUCUGGAUAUCCGGAUACAGCUGACCACGGGUACAAACCUUCAGGAGGCAUUUUUCCCGGAGUCAGGUGUAAUAAACCGGCCGGACUUUGCCCACAGAUUCUGCCCAGCUAGCUCCCCGCGUGAUGCACAGAGAACUGUCUCUAGGCGUCUGUGAAUGGAGCGAGCAACACACUUUUCAGAGUGUGUGUAGGUUGGGAUGUGGACGGAGGACAGAGUAUUUGGUGAGGAAGAAGAAAUGGAAGUGAAGAGCAGCUUGCGGAGGGCCCAGUCUCUCAGAAGUGUUUCAUCUGAUCAGGUCGUGUCCUGGACAGAACCUGGACUCAGAGACAAGAGGAAGUCUGUCUCUCAGCUUGUGGCACAGUACCAACACUCUCCUGGAAGAAAAACAAAAGAAGUUGUUUCAGAGGAUAUCAAGCAUGAGUUGAGCAUGCAGACUGCACCAGUUCCGGUCAUUGAGAAUGUAAGCAGAGUUGAGACACAAGUGAGGAAGACUGAUGUCAAAGAGAAGUCCAGAGUCUCUCCUCUCGUCCGCAGUAAGUCUAUGGGGAGCCUACCUCGGCAGAGACCUACAGGCACCACAGCACUCAGGGCGCUCUUUGAGUCAAAGGUCACCACUCAGCCUGAGACCAGCAAGACUGCACUUCAGUCAGUGGGUACUGAGAAAGCCAGUAACACUACUCUUUCAAUUACACUUCCCAAAAACAAGGAUGCUGAGGACACAAAGCCACAAGUAGAGGCAGAGGUUAAUAACAGCCAUGAUGAACAAGAGAAAGAGACUGAAGAGGUUCAAGUGAUUACAAAGAGUGUGAGAACAAAACAGAUAAUAACCCGGUCUGACAGAAGAAGGACAAUUUCUGGCAUUCAUAGUGAAAAGAUAACAUCUCCAGAGGAGGAUAAAAGAAGGUCAGUCGCAGAUUUCAGAGACAACUCGGCUCUCCACGGACUGGAGAAACCCUCUAUUUCAGUCAAAGCAUUGUCUGCACUAUAUCUGUCAAAAGUGGCAGCUGCAGAACCAGCAGGAAACCUCUUGAAACCAAACCAGAACUUUCCCUCUUCUCCAACUGGGAAAAGGCCAAAAGCAAACAAGUUUCAGCCAGCGGCUCAGGAAACAUGCUCAUCCUGUCUGAAACCAGUUUACCCAAUGGAAAGAAUGGCAGCUGAUAAACUCAUUUUUCACAAAACCUGUUUCUGCUGCAAGCACUGCAAAAAGAAACUGAGCCUUCAAAGCUAUGCGCCUCUCUACGGGGAAUUCUACUGUGUUUUCCACUAUCAGCAGCUUUUCAAAAGGAAAGGCAACUAUGACGAGGGCUUCGGCCGUCAACAGCAUAAAGACCUUUGGAUACAGAGGAAUGGCCACUGAACAAGUAUAUGGCCUGUAAUCUUGACAUAGCAGAUGGUCUUGUGUUGGCAAAUACGAUUUUCUGGUCUUUUGGUGAUUGUGCAUCAACACGUUUAAAUCAUAUAAAGAUUUAAUAUUAACAAUACAUGAUUUCACAAAGCAGUUUAUGUCUAUAAAUCAAUAUCGCUCCAUAUAUUCUAAAAUGUUUAUUUGACAGUGUGUUUUAUGAUAUCAGUGUAUGGCAAAGCGCCGUUUAAGCUCCAUUGAGAGGUAAUACAAAAUACUUCUGUAUCUUAAUAAUUUUAAAACAAAUGUGUAAAAAAACAUGGAUGUCUGGGAUAAAAUCAAAUAUGAAUAUUUGUACAUAUUUUUUAGAUGCUGUUUCACUAUUUCAAUGACUGAACUUAUAAAUAAAUGACUAAAUUCUGUCUUCAUUAA